AUGGUCCUUCCGCCUGUUCUCUACCUCCAGCCUCCUUCCAGGGAAAGGUCCAGGAACACUGCCCUCCUCACCAUGUAUCUGACAACUUGUGGCUUGGUUAUAGAUGCGACGCCGAGAGCAGGCACCAGUUUUGUUCGUCCUGUUUCAAACAGACGUGCUGGAGCUGAGUCUCCUAGUCUUACUUCUCAAACUGUUCCAUCUACCACUAGCUCACGAUCCUCAUCCGAAAGACAUUCACGUUCCAAUUUUGAUCAUGUUGUUGCCAGUAGCAUGCACAACUCAGCCGUUUUUGUCAAGGCUGUUAAUGAAGAUGGGCUGGUUCCUCAUGAACCCGUUCCUCUUGUUGACCUCAACCUCCCUAUCCCACCAAUUCCUAAUCUUGUUGGAGACGACGACGAAGUUGAGCAAGUCCCUGUUCCGAAACGCUCUUGUACAAUGUCCGAGAACCCAACCAGUUUGAUGGGGUUGAUCCUUGCAAACUCCACACCUUCUUGGUCCAGUUCAUUCCUGAUGGGGAUGGCACUUGAUCGCUUCAAACCAGAUCUUCUGGAAGGGCUGCCUGAGGGCGCUCGACCUUUGUGGAUGGAUAAUUUUCAGGAAUUCAUUUUAGAGCUUAAGGAGAACUUCAGUCCCCAUGAUCCAAUGGGCGAUGCUGAAGACGAGAUCCUCCAGUUGAGUAUGAAAGACGGACAUCACAUCAAUAGGUACUGUUAG